AUGGCUGGUGGUGGUACACCUGUUGGGCCCUCAGCUUCCCCUCUGGGACAGGCUUGGGGCUAUGGCAUCGUCCUUGGUGUCGGUUUCCUCUUUGCACUUGGCAUGGUCUUUACUACCUGGGUUCUCAAACGCUACAACAAUGAAUUGCAAACCUCUGAGAUGUUCUCGACUGCCGGACGUACUGUAAAAUCUGGUCUCGUAGCUUCUGCGGUUGUAUCAUCUUGGACAUGGGCAGCUACGCUAUUGCAAAGUUCUUCUGUCGCAUUUCGCUACGGUGUUUCUGGGCCCCUUUGGUAUGCUGCCGGAGCUACUGUCCAGAUUCUGCUGUUCGCUACUGUUGCCAUUGAGCUCAAGAGGCGAGCACCAAACGCUCAUACAUUCCUCGAGGCCGUCCGCGCUCGCUAUGGAAAGGCAACCCAUUUCGUCUACAUUGCCUUUGGCCUUUUCACAAACGUUCUCGUAACAGCCAUGUUGCUCACUGGUGGAUCCGCAGUCAUCAGUUCCCUGACUGGAGUGCCUACGGCAGCAGCUUGUUUUCUUCUUCCCCUUGGUGUCGUUAUAUACACCAUGUUUGGCGGAAUCAAGGCUACUUUCCUUACCGACUACGUUCACACUGUCAUUCUGCUCAUCAUCCUUCUCAUCUUUGCUUUCACGACCUACGCAACUGGUGACAGGCUUGGAUCGCCAGGAGCUGUUUACGAUCGCCUACAAGAGCUCUCGGCCACAACACCUGUGCCCGGAAAUGCUGGUGGAAGCUAUCUGACGAUGAGGAGCAAGGACGGUGCCAUUUUCUUCGUGAUUAACAUCAUUGGAAACUUUGGCACUGUCUUUAUGGACAAUGGCUACUAUAACAAGGCGAUUGCCGCAUCUCCAGUCCACGCACUUCCUGGAUACAUCAUCGGCGGACUUUCUUGGUUUGCCAUUCCCUGGCUCUGCGCAACUACCAUGGGUCUCGCAGCCCUCGCGCUCCAAAGCACAGAGUACUUCCCCACGUACCCUGCAGUUAUGGACGAAGCAUCCAUCAGCGCCGGACUCACCCUUCCAUAUGCUGCAGUUGCUCUCCUCGGAUCUGGCGGUGCCGUUGCAACUCUCCUUAUUGUCUUCAUGGCCGUUACUUCUGCCUUUUCCGCCCAGCUCAUUGCCGUGUCCAGUAUCUUGACAUAUGAUGUUUAUGGAACUUACAUCAACACGAAUGCGAGUGGUCGCCGUCUCGUGUACACCUCUCACGUGUGUGUUUGUGCCUUCGGACUCAUUAUGGCUGGAUUCAGCACAGGAUUGUGGUAUGCAGGUAUUAGUAUGGGAUGGCUGUAUGUCUUCAUGGGCGUCAUAAUCUCAUCUGCCGUUCUCCCGGCCACUCUUACCCUCAUGUGGAAGGGCCAGAACAAAUGGGCAGCCACCCUCUCCCCUGUCCUAGGAUUGUGCUGCAGUAUCACUGCCUGGCUCGUAACUACCUCCAAACUAAAUGAUGGCGUCAUCACCGUAGCCACUUCUGGCGCCAAUAACCCCAUGUUGGCUGGUAACGUCGUCGCCCUAUUAUCUCCCGUAAUAUUCAUUCCCAUCCUCACUCUGAUUUUCGGAGUUGACAACUACGACUGGGUCUCAAUGAAAAACAUCCGUCUAGUCGACGACUCGGACGUGACAACAGCCGCGCACUUGGAUCUCGAAGCCGUACACGGCCGCCACGCCGCUUUGUCCCCUGAAGCCGAAGCCGAAGAGCAAAGAAAGCUCUUCCGGGCCUCGAAAAUCGCAAAAAUCACCACCGCAACGAUGACUUUGGUUCUUCUCGUUCUCUGGCCGAUGCCGCUCUACGGCACCGGCUACAUCUUCAGCAAGGCCUUUUUCUCCGGCUGGGUCGUCGUCGGCAUCAUCUGGCUCCUGUGCUCUACGAUGGCUGUGGGUGUUUACCCGCUGUGGGAAGGUCGCCAGAGUCUCGUACGCAACUUCGGCGGCAUGUGGCGCGAUGUUACGGGUAAGCCGCGUCGGGCGGGUCCUGUAACGGUGGUUGAAGGGGAGAAGACGGCCGAGUCCGGUGCGCAGACACCCACAAAAGAGGCAGAGGCCAAGUCGUUGGAGCAGUAA